UACUUUAGGUGCGCCACAAACAGAUUUCCUGUAAAUUGGAAAGGUGAACUUUCAGCGGCGGCAAAGCUCGGAAAAACACACCGACAAAAUGAGUUUCGAUCUUUCUUCAGCUGCGGGUGAGGAGAAGAUAACGAAGGAGGACGCACAGAAGGAUGAGUUCAGCUUACCUUGGAAAAAAAAUAAAGAUAAAAAGGGUGACAAGUCCGAUAGCAAGGACAAGUCUGAUCACAAGGAAAAGUCCAAGGACAAGUCUGAUCACAAGGAAAAGUCCAAGGACAAGUCUGAUCACAAGGAAAAGUCCAAAGACAAGUCUGGUCACAAGGACAAAGAUGGUGAAAAGAAGAAAAAGAAGGAAAAGAAGGAAAAGAGAGGUUCCUCAUCUUCCUCUUCAUCUUCCAGCGGUGAUGAGGAAUGAUCUCCCCUGUGGACCUGGCCUGCUCUGUUUGCCACUCCAUUCUUGUUUGUUAUAAUGGUGUAUGUGGUUUAUCUGUACCAACCUGUACACAAUGUGAAACAAAACUGAUCUGAAGAAGUAAACGGUUACAAGAAGUCUA